AAGACAUGGCGUCCGGGCUGCUGUGCCGGCGCCGCGAGCUCCUGCUCUGGCUUCGGUGCCGGCGUCAGUGCCACAGCUUCGCGGGGCCCUCGCACCGGCUCCCGAAACCGCUGACCGCGAGGCUCCUGUUUCCACCCGGCCAGCACAAUGGGCGCCCGCACUACGUCCUGCUGGAGGUCGCGGGACCCCGCUGCCUCAGUACCUCCGCGAUCUCAUUUGCAGAAGCCCAGGUCCAGGCUUCGCCUCCUGCCGUUCCUGUGACACCCGCACCCACAGUAGUGACGGAGGUGGUUCCAGGAGAGACUGCAGAUGUGGUCCAAGCCAUUGCUGAGCAGAGCUUCUCUGAACUGGGCCUUGGAUCCUACACCCCAGUCGGGCUGGUCCAGAACCUUCUGGAAUUUAUGCAUGUUGGCCUGGGCCUGCCAUGGUGGGGGGCCAUUGCUGCAUGUACGGUCCUUGCCCGCUGCCUGGUUUUUCCAAUCAUCGUCAAGGGCCAGCGAGAAGCAGCCAAGAUCCACAACCACUUGCCAGAGAUCCAGAGGUUUUCCACUCGGAUCCGGGAGGCGAAGUUGGCAGGAGACUCGGCUGAGUUCUACAGAGCCUCCACUGAGAUGACACUCUAUCAGAAAAAGCACGGUGUGAAGCUCUUCAAACCACUCAUUCUACCUCUGACUCAGGCCCCGAUCUUCAUCUCCUUCUUCAUUGCCUUGAGAGAAAUGGCCAACCUUCCAGUGCCCAGCAUGCAGACCGGGGGCCUUUGGUGGUUCGAGAACCUCACAGUAUCCGACCCCACCUACGUGUUACCACUGGUGGUCACUGCCACGAUGUGGGGUGUCCUAGAGCUGGGUGCCGAGACAGGUGUGCAGAGUUCUGACCUCCAGUGGAUGAGACAAAUCAUCAGAAUCAUGCCGCUGGCAGUCUUGCCCAUAACCAUCCAUUUCCCCUCGGCAGUGUUCAUGUACUGGCUCUCCUCAAAUAUCUUCUCCCUGGGCCAGGUGGCCUGCCUGCGGAUCCCAGCUGUACGCACUGCACUUAAAAUCCCCCAGCGUGUGGUGCAUAACCCGGAGAAAUUAGCUCCACGGGAAGGUUUAAUAAAGAGCUUCAAACGGGGCUGGAAGAACGCUGAGCUCGCCCAUAAGAUGCGUGAGCGUGAGCAGCGCAUGCAGAACCACCUAGAGCUAGCAGCCAGGGGUCCCUUACGACAGACCUUUGCCCACAGCCCUCUGCCCCAGCCAGCAAAGACUCCCCCUCCUGCCACUCCUCCCGGCCACGGCGGCAGCAGCAAACCAAAGUCAAAGCCAUGGCAGGACACAAUUAUCUGACUGUCCCUGCUCAGACCGGCAGGCACGCGUCUCCUCACAGACUCUUCCUCAGAACAGGGCUUGAUGCGGGGCCCUGGCCCCCGUCCUAGGUACUGUGGGACCUGGAGGUGUGGAUUCCACUACAGACUCUCAUACCUGUGUGUACAGAGAACACUGGGAAGCCAGGUGGUCUUCCCACCCUCAGAAUUAGUAAAGCUCUGUGUCACGUG